AGGACAGUCAAACAGAAGACUUAUAUCUAUGGAUGAAGUAAGAAAACAUAAAUUAGAAGGCGAAAUAUGGACUGUAUUAAAAGGCCGUGUUUACAAUAUAUCACCAUAUAUGAAGUUUCACCCUGGAGGUGUUGAUAUGUUGAUGAAAACUGUGGGAAAAGAUUGCACAUCUCUAUUCAAUAAAUACCAUGCUUGGGUUAACGCCGAAUUCUUACUGGAGAAAUGCCUUGUAGGUACUUUAGAUGAAAGCCAGUGAAGAAAGAACAGUUUUAUUAUAAUUAUGAAUAAUCACAUGAACCUACCCUCGGCUCAAGUAUGUUAUAAUAUAUCUCUUUUAGGCCCUCUUCUAUUUAUUGGGCAGUAGUCAUCAUUCAAUAAGGAACAAAUGAAUAAAUUCUAUACAUAUAUACUCGUUUCUGUUUAAAGAAACCCAAUGAGAUAUUGGUAUACAAUUAUUGGUGAGUACAGCUAUUCUGUAAUCUGGAAUUUUGGGUUAGUGAUGUAACAUUUAGUAAAUGUUUGUUAACUUUGUUAUUGUGA